CAAUGAAGUUACAGACCCCAUUAAAAUACACUAUAUCGCCAAAAGUAUUGGGACACCCCUCCAAAUCAUUGGAUUCAGGUGUUCCAAUCACCUCCAUGGCCAUAGAUGUAUAAAAUCAAGCACCUAGGCAUGCAGAUUGCUUUUACAAACAUUUGUGAAAGAAUGGGUCCUUCUCAGGAGCUCAGUGAAUUCAAGCAUGGUACUAUGAUAGGUUGCCACCUGUGCAAUAAGUCCAUCCGUGAAAUUUCCUUGCUACUAAAUAUUAUACAGUCAACUGUUAGUGGUAUUAUAACAAAAUAGAAGCAACUGGAAACAACAGCAAUGCAGCCACGAAGUGGUAGGCCACAUAAAACGACAGAGCGGGAUCAGUGCAUGCUGAAGCGCACAGUGUGCAGAAG